AUGGCUCCAGUACUCAGUGCGCGCGCAGAAAAAGUAGCACGAAUCCUCAAGACGCGGUUCGACCAUGACGGGCGGUACUUUCUCGACGCCUACGUUGGCUCGGGCAUACAGGCCGACGUCUUUCGCAUCAAAAAGCAUGGUUCCGACAUUCCAGGGCCCGACCGCGUCGCCGUCAAGGUUCCGGCCAUGCCCGAGUUGCGAACAGCCAAGUCGGAAAUGAUACCAGAGAAAGAAGCUUUAAGGUUGUUCUCGGGUGCCAUGCAUGUGGUACAGAUUCUAGACAUGAGAGAAAACGUUGUCGGUGCCGACCCCUUGAGCCGAGAUAUCAAAGACGCCCCCAUGAUGCCGGUUUCGGGCUGGAUGUAUCUCGAGUGGCUAGAUAAUGGCACACUGCACUCGUUUCUGCAGAAAGCGAGGGAUGUGGAACGACCAGUGCCGAAUCGACUCUUGUGGAGGAUCUUCAUGUGUUAUAUUCGUAUGAUUACUGCCAUGGCUUGGAGCAAAGUACACGUCAGUGGCACGCAUCAGCUAGAAGAAAUACAAAGCAAUAUACCGGAUAUGAUACACUUUAAUUCGGAUAUGCAUAGUCAAAAUAUGGUUUUUGGCGACUUUGAUCCCAAUAGCCCGCAUCUCGAGCAUCGCCUAUCGCCCAUGUUGAAGAUGAUAGACUUGGGCUACAUCGCACGGAAAAAGACAGCAAACGAAGCAAUAUGGAAGCACAACGUCGGUGAACUUAUAUGGCAAGUUGGCAACGAAAUGAAGACUAUUGUAUUGGCCGGUGCCAGAAUCUCGCUAGAGGAUAAGAACCUGGACUCGGAUCUCAUCAAGAUUGUGCGAUGGUGCGAAGAUCCUUCGUCUUCCAAACGUCCAAGUUUGCAGGAUCUUCACGAGUGGGUAGGCAGAGCUAUUACGGGCCGAGACGCCGACUGGUAUAAAAAGGAGAUGCCGGAUCCUUGGGCAAACUCCCUCGAGGAGGACGAUGCCGUUAGGCAAUACGUUGUAGAGCUCAUUGUUAAUGCGAGCACCGAGGAGGCCAAGGGACCGUGA